CUUUCGCGGGCGUGAUCACGAAGCUUGGUGUGUACUAUACUUCGACAUCAAACGCAUGGCUGUCUGAUAGGUUACAUGCAUGCAUAAUACCUGCUGCUACAAACUAUCCUUCGUCCAUGUUUUAUUCCAUCGCCGUUGGAGCAGGACUGCCAGCAAACACUCUACCGUAGUAGAAACCGACUGCACGUCGGGGCGCCAUGGAUGACAUCGUUACCAACAGCGAGCGUUUCGGUCCCGGCGGGUUUAGCGCUUACUCGCAUGGCUGGGUCGAGAGCGACAUUCCCAAACCGUUGCGGAUUACGAAGCGAUCAGCUCAGCAGCGGCAGGUUCGGGUCAGCAGGGACUCCCGUUGUUGCAGCUCUGAAAGCGAUGCUUCGGACAUAAGAACGGAGGAGGAUAGUCCGGAAGAGCGACCCGGUGGUGAGGGAAGCCUGAAGAUGCCGAAGAGGAAGGCAACGCGAUGUGGUCCAGCUGACUCGUGGCCUGUUGGCUGCGACUUUCACAGGCGCACGAGCGGACAGAAUGCAGACGGGUUACCCUCAGACCCGCCCGAGCCGUGUAGGAUUGAAGCACUCUGCUUACGCCCGUCAGUCCAUGCAGCUAAGCUGUUGGUUCCAUGCGCCGAUUCUCAGUAUCAACGAUCCACAACAAGCCGAGAAUCACGUCGGAUUAUAUCCAACGACAGAAGUAGGUUGCACGAAUCGUUUCAAUUAGAGAGUCCGAGCUUGUCGUUGGCAGCUCAAGGGAGAAUCUGGGAUGGUCCUGCGAAUCACCAUAGCUCCUCCAGAGGGGUGAGCCCAACCGUCAACGCUACAGCAGAGAAGCGGAGCAAGCCGCUUUUCUCACCCCGGAAUGGGAGGAGCCAUUGCCCGCCGGGCCCAUCUUCUGACGCUGGCACGCGGUCGGUCACAGCUCCGGAGUUUGUAUCUGCCGGCCCCAGGAGUCAGGGGUGCUCCCCCUACGAGCAAUGUAUCGCGGAUCCGUUUGUAUUGGUCCCCCAGAUCAUCGUGACCCCUGAACAAUGCGCUCUUGGCGAGGGCCUCACAACUCUGUGGGCAGCCGUACAGCUUUCGACACAAUUAUACCGGACUGGCGCCACUGGCAAACACGCAACUUAUGCCACCCUCGCGACCCAUGGCAAUGAGUCGUCUCUACCCGGUAAUAAACGCAAUCCUCGGUAUCGAUACCUGUAUGAUGUGUCAGUUGAGAUAUUGCCCACAAACAGGAGUACAAUUAUCGAGGUGCUAGAUGGCACCGCAUAUUCCGAAUCGGAAAGAACCAUGCUAUAUCCAGGCUCUCGCAUUCUUCUGGUUGUCCAUGCCAAACUUCCACCUGAAGAUCGCGGGCAUAAGCACGGCUAUGCUCGUCAAAGCUCUGACGAUAUCAUGGAAGAGCUUGAGAACUACCUCAGCGGUACCAUGAUGGAAUUCCUAAAAGUUCGCGUCACGUACCGUCACUGUGGCUUUCUCCAGAAGUCAACGCGUGUUGAGACGGCACUGGACGAUUUUCCAACGCAUCAGGGCGUCCCUAGCUUGCAGACAACUGUCCAAACCACGGCAACCGCAACCAUCAUGCGCUACGACUCUGGCUCCCCGUGGUCCCCACGUUGUCACACGCCAGAGCCAAACCCUUUGUUGAAGAUUGUUACCGCGCACUGGGGAAUCAAGAGUGCACGCGAAGUGAUGCAGCGUGUGGCCACCUCCAAGCACAUCCCGUGCAAGAAGACGAGUGCAAUACCGCCGCCAACAGUACUCCUGCCUUCUGCGGCAUCAGUUGUAUUCAACAACGGUCAUCGGGAAGAAAGCUUCGAGAAACGGGACUGGAAGCAAACACCAAGAAUGGAAGUGGCUUCACAACACAGCCCGAUUCGCGCCGCAAGGGGGGCGCCGCCCGUUCCCAAGCGGCGAGCCAGCUUGAAGCAAGCAUCGACAUCAUCACCAUGGUUAGAUUAUCCAACGGGGACAAUCCCGGAACCUGAUGUUCAGCGGUGCACCAGCCUUGACCGGGCGAAGAUGAACCGACUCCAGAAGCGUAGGGGUUCACGAGGAGACAUGGCGGCGGCGCUAGCGUGCCGGAUCAGUUUCCGCAUGAGCAAAGCCAGGGAUGCUUCGCCUACGUCUCGGACGGCUUCAUCUAGCGUCAAGAGGCCAGCAUCAUGGCCCCCAACCACACCUCCCUCGCCCGUACAAUAGGGGGAAGCGCCAGCGGCAUGGAAGGCAGCAGAUGGGAGGCGUCGAAGGGGACUGGAGCGGCAACGGGUCCGGCAUGAGGGAGAGAAGUCGCUCAGGGGCGAUCCGUCGAUUUCUCGGCUAGCUCUGGCAAUGGUAAACGUAGAACCACCGAGGAAAUCCAAACCAGGGAGACUGGCCCUGUGGCGGGUGUUGGAGAACGUCGUG